GAGGGGUGCUCAAACACAGCUGUACUUGUUCAAUCACACUCACUCCUGUCACCCUGUCUGGGGAACAUCGAGGGCACCAUCACAGUCAGCUCGUUCUUAAGGGACUAAUAAACACAUUUAUUACUACUGAAUUUCACUAGAAAUGACUUUACUUAGGUGAUCUUACGAGAGAGCUUGACCACGGGGGUUUCCAGGACUCCCCGCGCACUGACCAGCAGAACCACAAAAAAACUUCGCAAACUUGUUCGUUCCCAUCGUCUCUGAGGACUUCACCAAAGCGGCGAUGGAACAUCCUUGGUGCUUUUACGCGUUUAUUUUAACGCUGAUGUCCUGUGUUCAUUGUUCCCAGAGCAUCGAGAGAAAUAAGGCUAUUCCAGCAGAAAAACUGCUUGUACUUACUGUUGCAACACAGGAGACUGAUGGCUUCCACCGCUUCAUGCAGUCAGCAAACUACUUCAAAUUCAAUGUGAAGGUGCUGGGGAUGGGAGAGGAGUGGAAGGGAGGGGAUGUGGGUCGAUCCAUUGGUGGAGGCCAGAAGGUUCGACUACUAAAGGAAGCCAUGGAGUCUCUGGCUGACCAAGAGGACUUGGUGAUCUUAUUUGUGGACAGUUAUGACCUAAUCUUUGCUGGUGGACCUGAGGAGAUUUUCAGAAAGUUCCAGCAGACCAAUCAUAAGCUGGUGUUUGCUGCUGAGGGAAUCAUCUGGCCAGAUCCUCUACUGGCAGAGAAGUAUCCUUUUGUCCGGAGUGGGAAACGCUUUCUUAACUCUGGAGGGCUUAUCGGGUAUGCUCCAUACAUUCAGAAGAUUGUGAACCAGUGGGACCUUCAUGAUAAUGACGAUGAUCAGCUGUUCUACACAAAGAUCUAUGUGGAUCCACUUCAGAGGGAAAGACUUAAUAUGACCUUGGACCACAAGUGUGAGAUUUUCCAGAAUUUGAAUGGAGCCGUGGAUGAAGUUCUCCUAAAGUUUGGAACGGAGCGUGUGCGAGUGAGAAACACAGUCUACAAUAGUCUGCCAGCCAUCAUCCAUGGAAAUGUGAACACCAAGAUAUACUUCAAUUACUUGUCCAACUACAUCCCCAAUGUGUGGAAUUAUGAGCAAGGCUGUACCAUCUGUGACCAAGACAUGGUGGAUUUGUCUCAGCUUAAAGAAUUUCCACAAGUGACUGUUGGUAUAUACAUUGAGCAGCCGACUCCGUUCCUGACAGAGUUUCUGGAGAGGCUCCUGAGUCUAGAUUAUCCCAAAGAUAAACUGAAUGUCUUUAUUCAUAACAGUGAGGUUUACCAUGAGAAGCACAUACAGAAGUUUUGGGAAGCGAACAAGGAUGUAUUCCGCAGUUUUAAAGUUGUUGGCCCCGAGGAGAACUUAACUCAAGGAGAAGCAAGGAACAUGGGAAUGGAUUUGUGCCGGAAGGAUCUUUCUUGCGAUUAUUACUUCAGCAUUGAUGCAGAUGUGAUGCUCACCAACCGACAGACCCUAAAACUUCUCAUUGAGCAAAACAGAAAAAUAAUUGGCCCUCUUGUCACCCGUCAUGGAAAAUUGUGGUCCAACUUUUGGGGAGCCUUGAGCCUAGAUGGUUAUUAUGCGAGGUCUGAGGACUACAUUGACAUCGUGCAAGGAAAGCGUGUUGGUGUUUGGAACAUCCCCUUCAUGGCCCACAUCUACCUCAUAAGAGGCCAGACUCUGCGGAAUGAGCUCAAAGAGAGGAAUGUCUUUGUCUUGGAGAGAUUGGACCCCGACAUGGCCUUGUGCAGGAAUGCCAGAGACUUGACAGUACAGAGAGAAAGAGAAUCUCCUUCUCCGGAAUCAUUCCAUAUGCUCAGACCCCCACAGGGAGUUUUCAUGUAUGUCACAAAUCGUCAUGAGUUUGGAAGGAUUAUUUCGACUGCCAACUAUAACACAUCUCGUUAUAACAAUGACCUUUGGCAAAUAUUUGAAAACCCACUGGACUGGAGAGAGAAGUACAUCCAUCCCAACUACACCAGAAUUUUCACUGACAACCUUUUGGAGCAGCCAUGCCCUGAUGUUUUCUGGUUCCCUGUGCUCUCGGAGAAAGCCUGUGAUGAGCUGGUGGAUGAGAUGGAAAACCAUGGUUCAUGGUCUGGUGGAAAACACAAGGACAAGCGUAUCACUGGAGGCUACGAGAGUGUCCCGACAGAUGACAUUCAUAUGAAACAGAUCGAUUUUGAUAAGGAAUGGCUGCACUUUAUCAGAGAAUUCAUCUCCCCUGUCAAUCUCAAGGUCUUCUCUGGCUAUUACACCAAGGGUUAUGCGAUUAUGAACUUUGUGGUGAAGUACACUCCAGACAGACAAGCCUAUCUAAGACCACAUCACGAUUCCUCAACAUUCACCAUUAAUAUUGCCCUCAACAACAAGGGCUUAGAUUUCCAGGGUGGAGGUUGUCGAUUUCACAGAUAUAACUGUUCCAUAGAGUCUCCUAGAAAAGGUUGGAGCUUCAUGCAUCCAGGUAGACUCACCCACCUUCAUGAAGGACUACCUACCACCAACGGUACACGCUACAUAGCAGUCUCCUUCGUUGAUCCUUAGACUCAUAUAUAGUUCUAGAAGUUCUACACUAGGACUUUACUAGCCUCGAUAUGUUUGUGUAGUUUCAACUGUUGGUCUGUUUUUACUGAUUAUGGAUUAUGUGUUGUGUGUCUGUUUGUAUUUGCUGUCUUUUGAAACAUUUACUACUGUCGAGAGAAAAUGCUGUUCAACAGAAGUUUAGUCAAAUCUAUGGAUGCAUUCACACAAAACACACACGCAGGCAGAAUUUCAUGCAUAUAGACAUUGUUUCAUUAAUCAAAAUUAUAUGAGAGAUUAGACCAUUUUAUUUCUAUUUGGGCAAAAAAGAAAGCAGGUGAAGUCAGUAACUCUUCAUUUAAAUAGCUUUGUUUCAGGGUGUUUAGCGUUAGCACUCAUUCACAAUGACUGCCUUCAAGUCCUGCUAGGAAAAAAAAAAAAAAAAAAGAAAAAGAAAAAAAGUUAUUAUUACUAGUUUGGAAAUUGUAAUUUUAAUAUGAUAUGCAUUUAAAUUAUUCUCAUUGGAAUAAAAUGGACACCAUAUGUUUUCUUAUAUUUUAACAUUCCAACAAAUACACAAAUAUUUUAGUGCUAUUGCAACAAAAUUAAAAGCAAAAUAUUCCGAUUAUUAGUGUAAUUGCACUUUAUUGUUGCAUUUUAAUCAUUCUUAUGUUACUGCAGAGAAUGAUGCAAACAUUGUGCAACCCUGUUACCCUUACAAACAUUACAAAGUGUAGCUUUCUGGACAACAUUUGGGCUAUUCUUUCUCAACAGCAUAUGAAAUGUCUAAAAGCUUAAGUUUCUGUUGGGAUUCUCUAAAUGGCAAACCCCUGACCCAAUGUGCACUCAGAUGCUAUAAGCUCAGAAACACAAAAAGAAAAUAGGUAAAAAGGAAAAUGAGCUCAAAGUACUGUAAAAUACUAGAUUUUUACAAAUUGGAGAGCUGUUAGUGUUAAUGAUAUAACUUCAGUGGUUCCUCCAUGUCGCAGAUGACCAUGUUUUUAGAAGACAUGAAUCCUAAUUACUAGGGUUGCAUGAUAUGAAAUAAAAAUAUGCUGUCAACAAAGUAAGUAUAAUUUUGUAUGUUUGCACAACAAAAAACGUCAGGAUUUAAAAUUAAUCCUUUGUGAUUUUUUCUUUUUCUUUUUUUUUUGUGUGGACAAAGUUUUCUGAAGGUGUCUUUACUGUAGACUGCCUUAUUUUCUGAACUGAAAAUGUCUCGGAGAUGUCAAAUGCUUUACAAUCUCUUGUUCCAUACAAAUGUUUCUGCCAGGUCAGUCUCUUAACUUAUUUUGAAAUUGUGCAAAUAAUAAAAGAUGUUUUUAAAGAGAAA